UGCGCAGUGUAAAGUUUGUUACUUCCGUGUUCCAGUCUCGAAUGUAAACAGACAGACCCCAGCAACGAAGAAGAACGAGGAGAACAGGAAAAGGAAGAGAAGAUGGCAGGAUGCAUAUUAAACGAUUGGGAUGUUGUCUAUUACCUUCGUGAUGUCAAAGAAGCGAUGGUUGAAGCGUGGCAAGAAGUCUUUGACGACUACUCAGAAUCUGUCAGAGUGUCCCAGGGAGACUUGUUUGAGGGAGCACCUGCUGCAGACGCUGUGGUUUCUACCGGGAACAGUUUUGGAUUUAUGGAUGGAAGCGUUGACGGAGCGUGUAAAGAGUUUUUUGGAGCUCAAAUCCAAAGGUGUCUCCAGAAGAUCAUACGUGAAGAUUAUGAUGGAGAACUUUUAGUGGGGCAGGCUGUUGUGAUGCCGACUUAUGGCGAGGAGGGAAAGGAUGCGUCCAAGAAAGAAAAAGCCAUCAAAUACCUCAUCUCUGCUCCCACCGUGCGGGUUCCAGCCGAUGUGUCGAGCACGGCAAAUGCGUACCUGGCUUUUCGGGCAGUCAUACUUGCUGUGAGAAGACACAACAAAAUGAACGGAUGUGAGCCCAUCAAGAGUGUGCUAGUUCCAGGGCUGGCUGCAAGGACAGGGGGAAUGCCCGAACUCCGAUGCGCUUGGCAGAUGCUGCAAGCCUAUGAGACCUUUGCCCUAGACAAACAUGCUGCGAGAAGAAGACCAGACUCUUUGACUGAGAUGUCUGGUGAUCAUCUCAAGUUGUGUCAGUGGGAGAAGCAGGUAAAGCCAUCACGUGGAGCAAGGAUCGUCAAUACAUUGUUCCAGCUUUUUGGAAUAAACUUUUCCUCUUCACCCAAAAGGAAGGAGCAGUAGUCAAUUUUAGUAUUACAUUUCCAUCGACAACAGCAUAUGAGAUAAAAUCAAGGACACUUAUCUUCACAGACGGAAAAUCAGUACUCCAGGCUUCGGAAAUCACGGAUUUCAAAAGCCCAGUUUGCCUAUCUGUGGCUCUAACAAUUAACACCUUCAUGCUGGCCUAUGCCGUCGACCUGACUUUACAGUGGAUACCUGGCCACAGCAACAUCCCAGGAAACGACAGAGCAGACACCCUUGCCAAGAAGGGAGCAUCACAAACACAACCUCAAAAGCCAGCAUCACAACAGACAAUGAAGAACAUCAUCAAAUGCAACAACAGGGAACAGUGGAUGAAUGUUGAUAGGGGCGUUAAACUUAUACCAUUUCACCAUUUCACCAAAUGCUGUUACUAUUUUAACCAUGACUUUACUUGGGCCCACUAUAUAACCUGUAGGUCAUUUUAGCUCUAGCCUGUAUAAUCUGUACACCAAUAUUUUGUGAAUUAAUGAGUUGUUGGGUUUUUUUCCAAAUAUUCAUCUUCCUUUAUCACAUUGUACUGAAUGGGGGUAUGAGAUGAUGCAAAGAACACUAAACUGUUCCUUAACCGUUUCCUCGUUCUGUUUUUUUUUGUUGGUUUUUUUUUUGUGGUAUUUUUUGGAUCCGCUGUUAAAUUUUUGCCAUAAAAAUGCUUGUACUUGUACCGCUCUGUGUGAAAAUAAACUGUAUAAACUGAGGAA